CCACCGGGCGGCUUUCCACGGGCGCGCAAACUUGAGUUACUUUUGCGCGCGGAUAGCAGGGGCGCGGCUGCGCCCCGAGCUAGCGGUUUGCAGAGGCGCGGCUGAGGUGGCUGACCCAGGCGUCCUGUCUUCCUCCCUCUGCUGAUCUCCAGACUCUGAAAGCUGCGGAGCGGCCACGCGACGCCCCCGCCGAGCAGGUAGCACUAUGCAGCCGCCGCCAAGCCUGUGCGGACACGCCCUGGUGGCCCUGAUCCUUGCCAGUGGUGUGGCGGGGGUCAAGGGACAAGAGAGGGGAUCCCCACUGACUGGGGCCACUCCGCCACUUCUGGGGACCGGAGAGAUAAUGACGCCCCCUCCUAAGACCUCCUGGCCCGCCAGGUCCAACGCCAGCUCGCCGUGGUCGUCCGCGCCUCCGAAGACGCGUAAGGCAGGGAAUCCCGCUGGAGCCCCGCCUCACGCCCUCUCCCCUCCCCUGUGCGAAGGAUCCAUCGAAAUCAAAGAGACUUUCAAGUACAUCAACACCGUGGUGUCCUGCCUGGUGUUCGUGCUGGGCAUCAUCGGAAACUCCACACUGCUGAGAAUUAUUUACAAGAACAAGUGCAUGCGAAAUGGCCCUAAUAUCCUGAUAGCCAGCCUGGCUCUGGGAGACCUGCUGCAUAUCAUCAUUGACAUCCCCAUCAAUGUCUACAAGCUACUCGCCAAGGACUGGCCCUUCGGAGUUGAGAUGUGUAAGCUGGUGCCCUUCAUACAGAAGGCCUCCGUGGGAAUCACGGUGCUGAGCCUGUGUGCUCUAAGUAUUGACAGAUAUCGAGCCGUUGCAUCUUGGAGUCGAAUUAAAGGAAUUGGGGUUCCAAAAUGGACAGCAGUAGAAAUUGUUUUAAUUUGGGUGGUCUCUGUGGUUCUGGCUAUCCCCGAAGCUGUGGGUUUUGAAAUGAUUACCACUGACUACAAAGGGAGUUAUCUGCGAAUCUGCUUGCUUCAUCCCACUCAGAAAACAGCCUUCAUGCAGUUUUACAAGACAGCUAAAGACUGGUGGCUAUUUAGUUUCUAUUUCUGCUUGCCAUUGGCCAUCACUGCAUUUUUUUAUACCUUGAUGACCUGUGAAAUGUUGAGAAAGAAAAGCGGCAUGCAAAUUGUUUUAAAUGAUCACUUAAAGCAGAGACGGGAAGUGGCCAAAACGGUGUUUUGCCUGGUCCUUGUCUUUGCCCUGUGCUGGCUGCCCCUUCACCUCAGCAGGAUUUUGAAGCUCACUCUUUAUGACCAGAAUGAUCCUAAUAGAUGUGAACUUUUGAGCUUUCUGUUGGUAUUGGACUACAUCGGCAUCAACAUGGCCUCCCUGAAUUCCUGCAUUAAUCCCAUAGCUCUGUAUUUGGUGAGCAAAAGAUUCAAAAACUGCUUUAAGUCAUGUUUAUGCUGCUGGUGCCAGUCAUUUGAAGAAAAACAGUCCCUGGAAGAAAAGCAGUCCUGCCUAAAGUCCAAAGCUAACGAUCAGGGAUAUGACAACUUCCGUUCUAGUAAUAAAUACAGCUCAUCUUAAAAGAAGGAAUAUUCACUUAACUUCAUUUUCCUCAUUUUAAACAGAAGUCAUUAAAACAAUGAGGCAUUUGCCAAAACAAAACAAACUGUGGGCUUGCACAAAGCAAUGUAAAAAUUUAAGAGUGAUUAUUUU